AUCCAAAGCGACUUACAAUAAGUGUAUUCAACAAAGGUAUUCAAGAGAACUACUAGUCACCAGAAGUCAUAAGUGCAUCUCCUUUCUUAAACAACCCAGCUAGCAUGUAUAUAGCGGACCACUGGUGGCGUUAGGACGGCAAGCCACCGGUGGUAUGCCAACUGUGGCUCGACAUCGGACCACUGACAGUUACAAAACACACAUCGGGCCAUCGGCGGAUUUUGGUAGGUAAUCCGCGAUGGUGUGCGAGUACAGCUGCACUGUCAAGGCGGUGGCAUGCCACCUUCGGACCGCUGGAGGCCCGCUACUGUUACCACUGAGUUAGUUCUACUCAUUCAAUAUGCGCGAGGGUGGCGGCUUGCCACCCUCGGACCGCUGGAGGACCGCUAGACUCUACCCGUUUAAUAACGGAAAAUAACGGACGCCAGCAUCAAGACUCGAUCCAGACAUAGAAUGACUAGGUGACCAACAACAGUCUGUAGGCAUACACUGUAAGGUAAUUUAGGAAUUUAAUUUAAUAGGCAACACUCGUGGCACAAUGUCCAGUUACUGGAGCAAACGUAGAAGAAUAGCUAGAGGGGUGGAAAUGGAUUUACAGAGCCUCGCUUCCUCUUCAGCAAAGUGUGGGGGGGAAGGGGUAUAUGAAGUGACUGAGGGUAGUGGGGACUAUGUCCUACCAGGACAAAGCAGGACAACAGUGUGUGAGCUGGCCCUUUCAGGACAGAGUAGCACUACAGUGUGUGAGCAGGCCCAUGACAAUGAUGAUGAUAGUGAUGGUGGAGUGAGUGAUGACGAUGAUGAUGAUGAUGAUGAUAAUGAUAAUAAUGAUGAUCAUCAUCAUGACAGCGACGACACACAAAGUCAGUUAGCACAGUGGGCAGUUAGGAGAAGGAUCAGCCAUGCUGCGUUAGGGGAUCUACUAUCCAUUCUGUCUGGCAAAAUUCAUGGGUUGCCAAAAGACCCAAGAAAAGUCAAGAAGGCUGCCUUAGCAAAUGAAUCCCCUGACCCCCAGACAUGGACCUUGUAUCCAGUGGUCAUACUUAAAGUUAAAGAAACGUAUGAAAAGGCCCACAAUUUUUAUAUGAAGGCAAAAAAAGGAGAGUCAUUGGAUACCACCGAUGAUGAUGUGAAAAGAAAAAGAAAGCCAAAUAUGAAAUUUUCCCUGCCCGACUACUCCAGUGAAGACGAUGACAAUCGGAAUCUCCCCCGCCUCCAAAAAUCCCAAGAGCACCAGCAAAAAAAAAAAAAAACUAUUCCAAAUUCAGAGUUGACCACCGUUACUGCUCUGCCAGUAGCACCACCGCUCUUCCGCUCCAGCCAUGCCGAGUUAACAAGUCAGACCACCACUCCUCCGUCAACUUCGCCCACAUCUCUGCCAGUACCACCCCAGCAAGAUUUUUACAGACUUGUUCUGCAGCACCUCCGCACAAUUGAGGAGGAGCUGAAGGAGGUGAAGCAGCAGGUGGCGGUCAACACAGCCAUGAUACAGAGACUAGGUGGUGGUGGUGUGGCAGAUCUCGGCCUUGUGGAAGACACCAACAUGCCAUUGAGCAAUGCCGAGGACCUGGAUGAGCUGGAGAGGCGGCUUAUAUCUGAUGUGGACCUAAAAAAUCAACUGGUGAACAUACUUGCUAUUUUGGGAGGGAAAACCACCAAAGACGCAGUGAAGAGGAUGCUGGGCCGGGCUUUCAGGAGGUCCCUGGCGCUCCAAAUUAAUUGGACUGGCGCAGCUGGAAAGAUCGCUUUCAAGUCCCUAAACCUGAAGAGUGUGUUGCACAGAGCCGUUCGGAGAGUGGUAACCACAGCCACUGAAGAGGAGCUUCAAAAGAAGUCUCCCUGUAUUUGA